UGCUGCUGCUGUGUACGCGACGGAGCUGGGUGCGAAGAUGGCGGACGAGGAGGAGGCGGGCGAGCCGGGCCGCAGGAGCCCCGGCCAGGGCGGCCUUCUGAACACGCCGACCUUGAAGGCGCGGCUGGGGGAACUGGAGCGGAGGCUGGAGGAGGGCGGCAGCGGAGCGGGAGGAGAGCCGCCCCCCGGGGAAGAAGCGGCCACCGAGUACUGCCAGCAGCUCUGCCAGACACUUCUUGAAUAUGCAGAAAAGUGGAAGGCAUCUGAAGAUCCCCUACCUUUGUUGGAAGUAUAUACAGAGGCUAUCCAGAGUUACAUUAAAGCACAACCAUACCUUACCUCUGAGAGUGAAAAUGUAGCCCUUGUGCUUGAACGCUUAGCCCUAAGCUAUGUUGAAAUUCUGCUGUGUUUGCCUCUUGAACUACCUGAAAAUAAAUGGAAAGAGAUUCAGUCUUUUAUUCAGACAGCACAUGAAAAGUUGAUGCAAAGUGGCAACAGUCAAUUUCAGUUUUUAUCUCUUCUUGCCCAAGAGAAUGGGGCCUGGAAGAAUCCAGUUCUUUGCGGUAUUCUUUCUCAAGAGCUACAGGAUCAAGAUAAAGUGAAUGAAUUUUUAGCCUUUGAAGGCUCUGUGCUACUGGAUAUGCGCAUUAAGCAUUUGAUGAAAUCAAAGCAAUUAACUCAAGCAACUGCCUUAGCAAAGGUGUGUUCUGACCACCCAGAAAUCAGCAGCAAAGGUAGUUUUAAGCAAACCUACCUAGUCUGUCUUUGUUCUGGAUCACCAAAUGAAAAGCUAAUGCAGGAGAUUGCAGACAUAGACUGCAAAGAUGCUUUAGAAAUGAUCUGCAAUCUAGAAUCUGAAGGAGAUGAGAAGAGUGCUCUGAUUUUAUGUGCAGCAUUUUUAUCUCGACAACUGCAACUAGGAGAGAUGUAUUGUGCUUGGGAACUGACUCUCUUCUGGAGUAAACUGCAACAGAGGGUAGAGCCUUCUGUACAAACUUAUCUGGAGCGAUGUCGUCAACUGUCUGUAUUAACAAAGACAGUGUACCACAUUUUCUUCCUAAUUAAAGUAAUAAAUUCAGAGAUUGAUGCUGCUGGACUUGCAACUUGUAUUGAACUUUGUGUAAAGGCAUUGCGUUUAGAAGCUAGUGAAAAUACAGAAGUCAAGAUUUCGAUUUGCAAGACUAUAUCUUGCUUAUUGCCUGAAGAUUUGGAGGUUAAACGUGCUUGUCAACUAAGCGAAUUUCUACUUGAGCCUACUGUCGAUGCUUACUAUGCUGUAGAAAUGCUGUACAAUCAACCUGACCAGAAAUAUGAUGAAGAAAACCUUCCAGUACCAAAUUCAUUACGCUGUGAGCUUCUACUUGUAUUAAAAAUGCAGUGGCCUUUUGAUCCAGAAUUUUGGGACUGGAAAAUGUUAAAACGCCAAUGCCUUGCUUUGAUGGGAGAGGAGGCAUCAAUUGUAUCUUCCAUAGAUGAACUGAAUGACACUGAAAUGCAUGAAAAGAUUGAGGACUGCCAAGAUGAGAACAAAGAUAUAUCCAUGAAUGGGCUUUCCGGAUGUUUUGAUGAAGCUACAAAUUUGCUUAGAAGCAUUCGAGACAGAAAACAGAAAAACAGAGAAAUAAAAAAAUUGAGAGAGCGAGGAUUUAUAUCUGCUAGGUUCAGGAACUGGCAAGCAUACAUGCAGUAUUGUGUGCUGUGUGACAAAGAAUUUCUUGGACACAGAAUAGUUAGGCAUGCACAAAAGCACUAUAAAGAUGGAAUUUAUAGUUGUCCUAUAUGUGCGCAGAAUUUCAAUUCUAAAGAAACUUUUGUUCCUCAUGUAACACUGCAUGUUAAGAAGUCUAGUAAAGAGAGGUUGGCCGCCAUGAAACCACUGAGGAAAUUGGGAAGGCCACCAAAAGCAACACCCACUAGUGUGAACAAAAGGAACAACACUGUAGUUAAACAAGAACAACGUCACAUAAAAAAGAACAACCUUUAUGGUGCAGAUUUCAUUGUUUUUAAUGAUAAUGAUGGCUCUGAUGAUGAAAAUUAUGAAAAAGACAAAUCAUACAUUCCAGAGAUAACACCAGUCCAAAAGCCAUUGCCUGUUAAUGAAUUUACUUGCCCUGUUACCCUAUGUAAAAAAGGCUUUAAGUACUUUAAAAAUUUGAUUGCACAUGCAAAAGGUCAUAAAGACAAUGAAGAAGCUAAACGCUUUCUUGAAAUGCAAAGCAAAAAAGUAAUUUGCCAGUACUGUAGAAGACAUUUUGUAAGUGUUACUCACCUUAAUGAUCAUUUACAAAUGCACUGUGGCAGCAAACCCUAUAUCUGUAUUCAGAUGAAAUGCAAGGCUAGCUUUAACAGUUAUGCAGAACUUCUUGGUCACAGAAAAGAACACCCAGUCUUCCGGGCAAAGUGCAUGUUUCCUAAAUGUGGAAGGAUUUUCUCAGAAGCAUAUUUGCUUUACGAUCAUGAAGCACAGCAUUAUAAUACAUUCACUUGCAAGUUUGCAGAUUGUGGAAAAGUUUACCGUUCUCAAAUGGAAUUAGACAAACAUAUUGAAGAUCACACUAAAUCUGAAAAAAUGCUACAGUCUGCUGGUGAAACUAUUGUUCCUCAGCCUCUAAAAGGUAAUGAUGAUGAAGAGUGUGUUUUCCCUCAGCCUUUGGAAAAUAAUGAGAGCACUGAAGAAAUCCAUCCAGAAGAAGCAUUGAUGCUCCCUGAAAAUAGCUUAAAUAAUUGUGUCAAAUCAGAAGAAUAUGUUGCAGAGGAGAUUAAAGAUAUAUCGCUUUUGGCUAAAAGAACAAAAAUGUCAGCAAGUGAACCAGAACAGAUUAAUCCAAUUACCACUGGAAGUGCAGAGCAACACAUAAAUGCUCCAGCAAAGCCAGAACCAGUAGUUCUCACCAGCAGUGCUUUAAUGCCUCUCUUGGGCCAGAAAAUACGAGAAAAUAUGGCAAGAAAGGGCAAGCUGCUUCCUGAAAGUAUUAAAACUGAUGGCAGUGCAUCUGUUAUCCAGCAGUUGUGCUCAACAGUAGAAGAUACUUGUAAUGAUCUUCCAAUUUCCCAAGAAGCCAAGGAAGAUGGCAGCAUUAGUGAAUCCCAUACAAUUUCCAUGGAUUCAGUUAAGCUUGAGCCCCAAGUCCUUUCAACAAAAAGUCCUGAAGAAGAGAGAAGCCAUUUACCGCUCAUGCAGCACGAGAUAGAUUAUCAAAAUUUGUCUCCUUCAAAACCUCAACUUGAAGAAAACAUGAAGACUUCUACUAAUCUCUACAAUCUCCCUAUGAAAACUUUAGAAGGAAUUACACUUGCUCCAGCCCAGAACAGCUUAGGCACACCUUUUGUUCCAGUCUUACCAUUGGCAACUCCAGUUCAGAAGUUCACCUGCCAAGUUGAGGGAUGUACUCGGAUCUACAAUUCUUGUCAGAGCAUUGGCAAACAUAUGAAAACAGCACAUCCUGAUCAAUAUGCUACAUAUAAGAUGCAGCGCAAGAACAAAAGAAGUAGAAAAACAGACAAUUUGCAAAAUCUGCCAAGUGAUAGUAAAAUUGUUUAUUUCUUGCCACCACAAGUGUCUACUACUAGUAGUGAUGUUUUUCCCCAACAAGUGAAAAACAGUUUGAAUUCUACUUGUACAAGUCAACUACAGCAGUUAUCUAAUGUUCUUUUUCCAACACGUUUGGAAGGUAUGACUAAUUCAUUAUUACCUCAUGAAAAUGGUAUGAAUGCAGGUCUGUCUUCCCAUAUUAAAAGUGAGACAGAGACUACACUAGACUCCCAUAUGAGAAGUCUAUCUAAUGCAACAUUACCUUCUCAGUUGGAUGAGCUGGAAAAACAAGGCAUGCCGCUCAACAUUGACAGUGGUUCAGAUCCUUUUCUUCCUUUACCUGCAGAAAAUGGUCCAAUUUCUCUUUUUUCUUCCCCAGCAGAUAACUGUCCACCUUCUGUGUUUUCACAAAUGGAAAAUAAUAUCAAUCAUUUUUCCUCCCAGCUAGAAGGAAACACUAAUUCUUUUCCAAAAGAUGAAAGUGUUGAUGUCCUUUUCCCUUCACAAGUGAAUAAUGAGAACUUCAGUGAAACCUCUCCACAACUCCUGGUAGCAGAAAAAGCUAGAAAGGAUAAUAGACGAGGUCCAGAUGGAAAAGACAAAAAACCAAAGCAUAAUAAACGGGCAAAAUGGCCAGCAAUUAUCAGAGAUGGCAAAUUUAUUUGUAGUAGAUGCUACAGGGUUUUUUCCAAUCCCAGGUCACUUGGUGGUCAUCUUUCUAAACGAUCCUACUGUAAGCCCCUGGAUGAAUCAGAACUUUCUCCAGAAGCUCUACAGCUGAAUGGGCAAUCUUCUCUGCUUGCUAGUAUGAUUCUUUCUUCAAAUGCUUUAAGUUUACAGCAACAACAGGAGUCAGCUUUUAAUCCAGAAGUAUGUUUUAAAGAGCCAUCGUUCCUACAGCUGCUUGCAACUGAAAAUCGGUCACCUGCUUUUUUGCAGAAUUUGUUUCCACGGCCCAACAUGACUAGCCUCAAUACAAGUGAAAAUGAUGAAGGAAGUGAAAUUAUUAAACAGGCCUUGGAAACAGCUGGCAUUCCAAGUACUUUUGACACUACAGAGAUGCUACCGCAUAUAAUGACCCCCAGUUGUAUCACCAGCAGUUCGCAAAUAAAUGCAACAAUUUUGCCAAGUCCUGGUGUGUCUCCCUUGUUACCAACAGUUUGCAACCCAACUACCUUGCUAACAGACCAAAAUAGAACAUUUAAUGCCAAAAUUUCAUCAGUAGAAGAAUGUAGCAGCUUUCCAGUAUUUCCAGAUGAUUUAAUACUCAAGACUAUUGAAAAUGGCUUGGGUUCCAAUAUGGUUUCUGAUUGUGCUGCCCCAGCUCAUAAUUUUGGAAACAACAGUUCUCGGGUUUCAGUCAUCAGCAGUAUCAAAGGUUCGGAAAUUUGUAGCUUGAAUAAAAAGGGGGCCAGUAGUUCAAAGAAAAAGAAGAAAACAACUUCUUCCUUACUUGUGCCUAACAUUUCACAAAAAUUAGAAAUUAAUGAUUUGACAUCAUUGGAACUUCUACCCAGAAAUGUUGAAGACAAUGUGCAAAUUCCUGCAGAAAACUUCCGGUCAAAUAUACUGGCAAACUGUGAGGCUGAAGUGUUAAUAGAGAACCUUACACAAAAAAUGAGUAGUGUGGACAAUGAAUUAACUGCUAGUGUUAAAGAGAAUUUCAAAACUGGUAAUGAAACUUGUACAGAAAUAGCUCCUUUGUUAGUAAAAGAUCUUAAUAGUAACUCUCAAGUCACUCUGGGCUCCUGCAUUGAAGAAAAUUCGAAUUUAGAUCCUUCAGAGGAUAAUAUUAUUCAAAAUUUUCAAAAAACCCUUGAAAUAAUUAAAACAGCAAUGAACUCCCAGAUUGUUGAAAUUAAAACAGAAGUCCAGGAUGUGUCAGUUGAACCAUCAGAAAGACUACAAAUUAGAAAUGUUGAGUGUGCUUUGGAAAACUUUUCCCAAAAUCUUCAACCAGCUGAACCCAGUGAACAAAUAGUACACACGCAGAAUACUGUUCUUGCCAAAACUAAUCUUUCUCAGUCAGAAACCUCUCUGAAAGAUGAUAGCCAAAUCAUGGAAAUUUUAGAAGGUUUGAAAAAGCUGAAAUUAGAAAGUGAAACACCAAGUCAGAUAUUUGACAAUAUAAUUCAUUGUCUUCCCACAGAUGCGCUGUUGCCACAAAUUCUUGUUCCUGUCAUAACAGCUGAGAGCACAUCUCUUGUCCAGCCAUCUUCAGAAACACGUCUUCCCAUUGUUGAAAAAGUCCAUAAGCCGUUUACAUGUCAGGCUCCUGGUUGUAAUUACAGCGCUAUGACAAAAGAUGCAUUAUUUAAACACUACAGCAAAAUACAUCAAUACACUGCAGAAAUGAUACUAGAAAUCAAAAAACACCAAUUGAAAUAUGCUCCAUUCAAGUGUGUUGUAGCUUCCUGUCCAAAAACAUUUACUAGAAAUUCUAACCUCCGGGCCCAUUGUCAACUAGUGCAUCACUUUACAACAGAGGAAAUGGUAAAAUUAAAACUAAAAAGGCCUUAUGGAAGAAGACCCCAGAAUAAAGCAGCAAGCAUAACACCAAGGACUGUUGAACUGCAACACAUUGAACUAAAAAAACAUGUGUUAAUGGAAUGCAAAAAUCAGUCUCAUUUGGCUGAGGAACCUGAAGUAAAAGAAAGAAUGUAUAUAGAAUCUGAGAAACUUCCAGAAAAAGUGGUGCCAGAAAUAUUGGUGCCAGAAAGUAUUCCUGCUGCUCUUGAAAAAUUAGAAAAGCCUCCCCAAGUAGUUCCAAUUCCCCUAGAAUUUCAUAAUGCUGCCACACCUACUACUAUUACACAAAUUCAGCCAAAAGUACGUAAGAUUAGAAGGCAUAGGAAGGAAAAGGAAGAGAGAAGAAGCAAGAAAACAGUUCAGAAAUCUUUGGAAAACCCUACUACGUAUAGUCCAUACAGACCUUACAGAUGUGUGCAUCAAGGCUGUUUUGCAGCUUUUACAAUACAGCAGAAUUUGAUUCUUCAUUAUCAGGCUGUCCAUAAAUCUGAUUUGCCAUCAUUCUCUCCAGAGGCAGAAGAAGAAAGUGAGCCAAGCAAAGAAGAGGAUAUUAGAAAAGAAGAGGAUUGUGAUGAAACUGAAAACACAGUAAAAGAAUUCAGAUGUGAAAUGAGAAAUUGCUCAAGGAUAUUUCAGGAAGUCACUAGUCUUAUUCAGCACUAUAUGAAGCUUCAUGAGAUGACUCCUGAGGAAAUUGGGAGCCUGAGGUCAUCUCUGGGUGUUGCCAGAUUCCCUUGUGAUCAGUCUGAAUGUAAAUCAUCCUUUACAGAAUAUGUGAAUUAUAUUAUACACCUUGAGACCCAUCAUGGAAUAAAGAUAAAGCAGAACAAAACCGAUGAUGGCAUGUACAAAUGUGACUGUGAAGGCUGCGAUCGUAUUUAUGCAACAAGGUCUAAUCUCUUACGGCAUAUUUUUAAUAAGCAUAAUGAGAGACAUAAAGAGCAUCUAAUAAGGCCUAGAAAGUUCUUGACGCCAGGUCAGGAAAAUAUUUCAAGCAAAGCUAAUCAGGAAAAGAAUACGAAAAUUAAACAUAAAGCGUUAAAAUACAGAGCAGGAAAGCAUGGAAACAAAAUAAUCAGGAUGAGACGAAAGAGAGUUAUUGCCUUAGAAAACAAGAACUUAAAAAUAAGUCAGGACCCUGAGAGCAAGGCAUAUUCUUUGAAAUGCGGCAAGUAUGUAUAUUCAAUAAAGACUCGAGAGGAGGCUUUAUCUGAAUGCCCAAACAAAUUUGUAAUGCAGUACCCCUGUAUGAUAAAAGGCUGCUCAUCCGUUGUCACAAGUGAAAAUAAUAUAAUUCGGCAUUACAAAUGUCACAAGCUGUCUAAAGCAUUAACUUCACAACAUAAGCACCUCUUAGUUGUCUCAAACAAGUAUUCAGAUUCGGCAGAAAAGGAAGCACCUUCACUGAAAGAAGCAAGUUCUGACAAAAACUGUGAUUUAAAAGACUUGGAGCCACAAAUGUCGGAGGCAGCCUCUGCAGAUGUGGAAUCCGCACCACCUGUGGCACAGAAAGAGCCUGAAAAGGAUGAGAAGGAUGAGGUGGAUGAGCUUGCAGAACUGUUCAUUACUAAACUUGUAAAUGAAGACCUCACAAAUGCAGAGAACCCUGCAAAACCCUCUCCUGAUGUAAAUAGUGACUGUCAAGAAACUAGCUCUUCCAUUUCAGAAAAGCACAGUGCAAGCAGCAAUUUAAAAAGGGCAAGCAAAGAAAAAGAUCCAACACAAAAGAAAAAGAAAAAAGUUGAGAAGCAGGAAGAAACUGUGGCUGUUGAGUUAAAUAGUGUGCACAGAGAGACGGAGACAGCAGUAGCUGUUCAAACUACUGAAGACGCGUCUUCAGCUUUUGACUGGAGUACAUUUAAGCCGAUGGGGUUUGAAGUGUCUUUUCUCAAGUUCCUUGAAGAGUCUGCAGUGAAGCAAAAGAAAAAUCCAGAGCGGAGCUAUAAUCACUGUGGAACUAGGAAAGGGUCUCAUUCAAACUCAAGGAGAUCUAAUGACAGAAACUCUUUUGCAAAAACACGAUCGUGUUCGGAAAAUGCGACAUAUGUACAGUUUACUAAUCCUUCACAAUUUCAGUGUAGUGGUACUGUAAAAAUAGUUUUAGAUAAGACUUUUAGAGAUUGCACUGAGCUUGUGUUGAACCAGCUUCAGAAAAUGAAACCUAUUGUCAGUCUGGUAAGACUUGAUGGACAUGGAGAGGCAAAUGCAAGGGUUACAAAAUGAUCGGGUAAUAUGAGUAGACUCCUUGUUCCAACAAUUGGUGUCUAAAUGUGACCUGUACUGCAUUUUUAAAAGUAGGAAGCCAUUGAUCGUGAUACUGUUUCUUAAGGUUUUCUUUUGAAGUGAUUUAACCUUGCAAAAUCAUGACAAUUGUCAUGUAAAUUUAUUUGUUUUUAUCCCUAUGGGACUUGGAACAGAAUCAUUGUUUCAGUUUUGUAAAUAGUUGAUCAAAACCUCAAAUUUUUUAUCAAAUGUCCUUUUUCCAUGACUGAAAUCUUUGUGAAAUUGUCUGUGGUAUCUUUCACCGGUCACUGCUCAUAUAUAACAGUACUUUUUAUUUGUAGAUACAUUUUUGUAUAUAUUUAUUAUUGUAAAUCAUUUGCUGCAGCCAGCAGUCUGUAUGUCUGAAAUAUUAAAUGACACAUUUAUAUUCAGAAUUUUAAUUUGUAAUUAAGUGAUCAUGUUUUUUUAAAAAAAAUGUUCUUUUAAACUUAAAACUUUUUGAAGUAAAGACUAGAUAAGUCUACCAUAUCCAGUUUAUUUUGCAUAAGGUGUGUGUACAGGACAGAAACUUGAUCAGAUCACACAUGGGUAAAAUACAUACUGACACAGUUGUAUUUGUAACUUGAAACAUCCAAUGUCUUUGGGUGGCAUUCAACUAUAGUUCUCAGACAUUUUCAUACAACUGCACUUGCAUAGCUUUUAAGUGGGUCUAAAACUUUUCCACUUCCAUAAUAUAAUGGAAAUGUAAAUUUAAAUAGUUUGCUGACAUUGAAAAUUUAAACAUUUUGGUAUUGAAUAACCCAUCGUGAAUGUGAUAGAAAAUUAGUAGUGUGGAGCACUGUAUAUAUUUGAGGUGGUGAUUUGUGAAGUAGCCCAGUAUUGCCUUAAAUAAAAUCACAUUUCAAUUCUUGUUUUA